CCCCCAGAGCUCUUCCCUCUUGCACAUUCGCUCCGGCUAUUGUGACGUCACGGCGUUCUAAAAAAGAACCGAGAAAACAAUCGGCAUUGAGAAAAAUAGAUACACUCUGAUCCUAUUUAAAGGGAGAGCUUUAGCUACCCCGAGUCAGACUUCGCUAUAGAAACAAAGGCGGAGGACUGCAGAGAGAAGGCUUUUCAACCAAUAUGGUGUCGCCGGUGACUGUGGUGAAGAGUGAAGGGCCAAAGCUUGUGCCCUUUUUCAAAGCCACUUGUGUUUAUUUUGUCCUUUGGCUGCCGACUUCCAGCCCUUCCUGGUUCAGUGCCCUCAUCAAGUGUCUGCCUAUCUUCUGCCUAUGGGUCUUCCUGCUGGCUCAUGGGAUCAAUUUUCUGAUGGCCCAUCGCAGUGCCUGUAGGAUCUUAGCUGGCCUGAUAUUCUCAGCUCUAGGAGAUGCCUUCCUCAUCUGGCAAGAACAAGGCUACUUUGUUCAUGGUUUGUUGAUGUUUGCCAUCACACACAUCCUGUACUCCUCGGCAUUUGGGAUGAAGCCUUUGGACAUGAAAGCUGGCCUGGCAAUGGCCACGGUGUCUAGCUUUGGCUACACCUUUCUAUACUCCUACCUCUCAGGCCCAUUCACCUAUCUGGUAGCUGUUUACAUUGCCUUGAUAGGCUUUAUGGGCUGGCGGGCCAUGGCUGGUGUACAGCUGUGCAAUGACCUUUGGACUUGGACCAAGCUCUCCGCUUGCAUCGGCUCCGUGCUUUUCAUGGUCUCAGAUCUGACCAUUGCAGUCAACAAAUUUUGCUUUCCUGUGCCCUAUUCACGGGUCAUCAUUAUGGCCACAUACUAUGCCGCUCAGAUGCUCAUUGCACUUUCUGCUGUGGAGAGCAGGGAUGAAGAAGACUUUAAAAAGAGGAAGUAGAUGUGAUGCCAGCAGACUUUCAGACUCCACUAGGAUACUGUAGCUGCAUUCAUCAGGGAGGGAGGUUUUCAUCUCUCUAGGUGGAAUGAUGAUUGCAUUAUCUUUAGUGUUUAGCUGGUUCUCCUCCAAUGCAGAUGGCUGGAUUGUGGAUGCCACACUGGAAGCUUAGAUUAUGAUACCUUCUAGCUGACAUUUUCUGUCUUGGCAGCUUUGGGAGGCCUCUGUAAUACUUCACUGUAUUUGUAUAAUACUGAAACUGGUGCUGAACUUUUCAAAAGGAUGAAGGCUUAUUUCGGGACAAAGGAUAACAACAACAACAACAAAAGAUGUAGGCAGUACUUUGGAUUUAACAGCCUUGCCUUUGACACUGGAUGUAUCAGGUCAUGUGAAAAUGAACCUUAGUGCUGUCUGACCAAGUUCCCAUUGUGCGUGCAUUAUAAUACAACUGUGAAAUAAUUGUGUAUCUACACAAGAAAACCCCCCUUCCCCGGCUUGAAUCAUGUCAGGAUGCUGGAGCACUUGUGAGAAUUGUGUGGGUAGUAAAACUUGUGUUAUCCC